AUGGUCCAGGACAUAUGGGGGUUUGUCAAUAAGUUGAGUGAAGUGAGAAGUGUGAGUCAGGUGACGGUCCGGUUAGAGAAGCUUGAUGAGCUGUGGGAAAAAGUGAACGAUGUGAUCCUGGACAUCGAGACCCAUGAUGACCAUGAUGAGGAGGAGGACAAUUGUAUCAAGCAGCGGUCGGAGUUUGGCAGCAAGUACUACGACUUAAAGUCUUUGCUGUUAGACAAAGUCAAGGAGUUCGAGGAACCACCAGCCUUCAACCAAUCAACCCGAAAUCUAGAAGCGUCGAACCAAGCAACCAUGGAGCAUGUGCGAUUGCCGCGAAUCGUUUUGCAAACUUUCGACGGCAACAUCGAUGAUUGGUUAAGCUUUCGUGACCUGUAUGUGUCAGUGUCACUGAUACAUAACAAUGUGGACUUACCGGAGGUGGAAAAGUUUUAUUACCUAAAAGGGUGCUUGGCAGGUGAGGCCAAGGCCCUUGUGGAUCAACUAGUGAUCACGAGAGCGAAUUACCAUAUCGCGUGGGACUCUCUGGUGAAAAGAUACAACGAUUGCAAGCAGCUGAAGCGCCGUCAGGUUCAGGCGUUGUUGAAACUUCCGAAGCUGGCAAAGGAAUCGGCUACCGAGCUACGGUUCCUAUUGGAAGGGUUCGCGCGAAGCAUGCAGACGCUAGAUAAGAUAGAACAACCGGCAGAAUAUAAGGAUCUGUUGCUCUUGGACGUCUUAUGUAUGCGACUGGAACCAGAAACUAGAAAAAUCUGGAACGAAAUUUCUUCGAGGGAGCAGGAUAGGAUCUGA